AUGUUUUUGCAAAUUUUUGCUCUCUCCAUUUUCAUUCUCUGUGCUUAACCAAAAGAGGAAAAUGAUUUACAUGUUGUGUUUGAUAAGAAUUCUAAACAAUUCUUUGAAAAGAAUGAAGUAUCCAUGAUCUUCUUCUACACUCCUCAAUGUGGCCAUUGUGAAAGAUUCCAACCUGAAGUCGAAAAAGCAGCCAAACAAUUGAAAGAAGAAGGCUUUGUCUUUGCCAAAGUAGAUGGUCACAAUUACAAAGAUAUUGCCAAACAAUUCGAAGUCACUGGAUAUCCAUCUGUUUUCCUAUCUCAAGAUCAUGGCAAAAAAUACAAGAAAUUCGAAGGACCCAGAACUAGCGAUAGUGUUAUCAUGUGGAUGUACGAAUAAUUGAAUGAAGGAACCAAGGAAUUGAAAACCAUUCAAUAAAUCAAAGACAAGAUCUCCCAAAGCCAAUUGAUGUAUCUCUACAUGGCUCAAAAUGAUGAAGACAGAGGUUUUCGAAGGUACAAGGAUUACAGUCAUACCUACGAAAACUUAGAAUUUUAUCACACUUUUUUAGAAAACGCAUAAUAAGAAUUAGGAUUCGGUCCCACAGAUUCCUUAGUGGCUUUCAAAAAGUAUGAUAAAUCUCCUGUGGUUUAUCAACCAAAGUAGAUUAAGGUUGCUGACUUAAAAGCCUUUAUUGAAACCAACUGGUUUUAGAGACUCUAAGAAUAUAAUGAGGAUGUUGCCAAAAAGAUAUUCAAAUAAGACAGAUCUACAUUAAUACUACUGAAUGAUGAAACACAAAUGAAAGAUAGAAAUGCUCAUGAUGCACUCAAAUCCAUUAGUCUUGAUCACCCUCAUGAAGAUCACUUAUUGUUUAUCAAAUGCAGUGUCACAAACCAACUAUUCCCAGAACUCUAAAAAUAAAUUGGUGAUUUCACUGGAACUCCUGCCUUGUUUGGAUUACAAAAGUAUGGAGUCUAUAAAUAUAAAUUCAAUUAAGCAUUUACCAAACAGAAUCUGGACUAGUUUAUUCUUGAUUUCAAAAAUGGAAAAGCUCAAAAACAUUUUAAAUCCCAAAAAUUGGACAAUCCAAUUUAUUCAGAAAAUGUUGAAAUACUCACAGGUAACUCUUAUCAAAAAAUUAUAAACUCACCAGAAGACUGGGUCGUUUUCUAUUAUAAUUCAUUUGACUCAGAACAUCUAACACUUUUACCUGAAUUUGCUGAGAUUGCCAAGUAACUUGCCUAAAUUAGCAAAGUAAAAUUUGCUAUUGCAGAUGUCACCCAAAAUGAAUUCAGUGAUUUCUCAGACCCUACAGACAUCUAUAAGAUUAGAUUGUAUAAAGGAAAUAAAAACUACACUAAAUUCAUUUAGAAGGUUAACAAAAUAUAAAGGGAAAGAUUGAUAAACUUUAUUAAAGAACACUCCAAUCAUGAAUUCCAUGAUGAUCGUAAGGGUAGUCAUCACGAUGAUUUGUGA